CGGUUGCUCGUACAAGUCGCCAACUACUACCAGCUGAUUCGACACAAGCGGCGAGUAUAAAAAGAGCUGCAACAAAAUCUCCGCCACCACUUGAACAAUACGGACCCUUCUCACUUUCACCUGCGCUCUCUCGCUCGCUCUCUCUGUGUGCGUUUGUUUGUUUGUGAAGAAAGAAAGAAUGGGCGAGAUAAGGUCGAAAUUCUUGGAGGUUUACUCGGUGUUGAAAGCGGAGCUCCUCCAUGACCCGGCUUUCGAAUUCACCGACGAUUCUCGCCAAUGGGUCGAGCGGAUGCUGGACUACAAUGUACCAGGAGGCAAGUUGAACCGAGGACUAUCUGUCAUUGACAGCUACAAGUUACUGAAAGAAGGAAAGGAACUAACUGAUGAUGAGGUUUUUCUUGCAUGCGCACUAGGUUGGUGCAUUGAAUGGCUUCAAGCAUAUUUUCUUGUUCUUGAUGACAUCAUGGACAAUUCUGUUACACGCCGUGGCCAACCUUGCUGGUUUAGGCAACCUAAGGUUGGUUUGAUUGCUACAAAUGAUGGCAUAAUUCUUCGUAACCACAUUCCAAGAAUUCUCAAGAAGCAUUUUAGAGAAAAACCUUACUAUGUGGAUCUGCUGGAUUUAUUUAAUGAGGUGGAAUUCCAAACAGCAUCAGGACAAAUGAUAGAUUUAAUUACCACACUUGAAGGAGAGAAAGAUCUAUCUAAGUACUCACUUCCUCUGCACCGACGCAUUGUUCAGUACAAAACUGCUUAUUAUUCAUUCUACCUUCCAGUUGCUUGUGCGUUGCUUAUGGCGGGUGAAAAUCUUGAAAAUCAUAUUAAUGUGAAGGACAUUCUUAUUGAAAUGGGGAUCUAUUUUCAAGUACAGGACGAUUAUCUGGAUUGUUUUGGUGCUCCUGAAGUGAUUGGUAAGGUUGGAACAGAUAUUGAAGAUUUUAAGUGCUCUUGGUUAGUUGUGAAAGCACUAGAACGUUCUACCGAGGAACAGAAGAAACUAUUAUAUGAGGUUUAUGGGAAAGCAGAUGAAGCUUGUGUUGCAAAAGUGAAAGAACUAUAUAAAGUUCUUGAUCUUCAGGGUGUUUUUGCGGAGUAUGAGAGGGAGAGCUAUGAGAAGCUUGUAAAAUUCAUUGAAUCUCAUCCAAGUAAAGCAGUGCAAGCGGUGUUAAAAUCUUUCCUGGCAAAGAUUUACAAGAGACUGAAGUAGGAACCGAGGCAGAAGGUUCAACAGAGUUGACAUCCAGUCUUCUCACCAUUAGCAUUUGUUCACUCCCAUUAAAGUGUUUGUACUAUAUAUGAAGAUUUUCUUAUUAUUGGUUCUGUUUAUGCUUCUAAAAUCCUCUCUCUGUCUCUCAGAGUGGAAAAUCAAUCCGCCAAAUGGGUUGGUGAAUCUCUGUAAUCAGAUGGUUGUAGAAGGUUCUAAAUAAAUUUUGCAUUAACAGUA